GUACGUUUUAACUGCAAAAUUUUUAUUAGGGAAAGAGAACAGCCUCCACGUUUUGCUCAACCUGGAACAUUUGAGUUUGAGUAUGCUUCACGUUGGAAGGCUCUUGAUGAGAUGGAAAAGCAACAGCGUGAACAGGUUGACAGGAACAUUAGAGAAGCCAAAGAAAAACUAGAGGCAGAAAUGGAAGCAGCUAGACAUGAGCAUCAGCUAAUGUUGAUGAGGCAAGAUCUCAUGCGGCGUCAGGAAGAAUUGAGACGUUUGGAAGAACUUCGGAAUCAAGAACUUCAGAAACGCAAGCAGAUACAAUUGAGACAUGAAGAAGAACAUAGACGACGUGAAGAGGAGAUGCUACGCCAGAGGGAACAGGAGGAAUUGAGGCGGCAGCAGGAGGGAGGAUUUAAGCCAAAUUUCAUGGACAAUAUAGAACAGGAAUCUUUUAUUUUUUCCAGUUGGACUUAG